AGCAUUGUUAUUCAUCAUUUCCACUCAUCAUGUAUCCUUCGACGUGCCUCUAGAUCCGUUUCAGCAAGUCUUCUUUCAUUCUCCAACAUGUCGUCAUCGUCAGCUGUAGAUAUUACGGUGACACUCGUUUCGACGGCAUCGGGGCAAUCCGAAAGCUUUCCAUUGUCCCCCUCGACAACCAUUGCCGAACUCUUGGACUGGGCAAAGGCUUUGUUCGGUGUCGACGGAAACGUUCGACUCUACAAAGACGGAAAGCUUCUAUCAAAUCCUUCGUCAAGUUUGAAAGCGGCCGGCAUCGUCAAUGGAGAUUUAAUUGCGGCGCAGAGUGCCAUUGCCGCCCUUCCUUCUGCCCCACCACCGACGGCUUCUACGCCGGCGGGAAGCGGAGGUUUAGACUUUAGCAAUCUGUUCGCGGCGCAAAGUGCUGGAUCUACAAACGCAGCCUCGGCGUCACUGUUGUCGGAGGUUGCCCCUGCUCCCUCGUACUAUCCCGGGAUGAGCUUGAGCGAUGCCGUGGCGCACAAUCCGCAUCCUCAUACCUUUGUAUCUCUGCUAUUCUCGAAAGAGCAUUUACGGAAGGAACUCAACUACCAUAAUCCGCGGCUCGCCGUCCGACUGGAAUCCCAAUCGCUGGAAGAGGCCGUCCGCAUAUGGCGGGAAGAAAUGGUCAAGGGUGGCAUUCAAAAGGCCGUCCAGAAUAGUUCACAUUAUCAUAUCGAGCAAGAUAUGAAGCGCCGGUUGACGCCGUUCUUGCACGAAAAGGACCUGGCCGAGGCGCAGGGCGGUACGAAAGGAUUUGACCCGCAAAAGUCCAACGAGGAAUUCUUGCGAAGACAGAGAGAAGAAAGCGAAGAUGAUCCCUCGAUGAAAGACUAAUCAUCUAUACCAAUGGCUAUCUAUGUUUACCGGACUUUGACUCUUUUCUUUGUUUCCGUUGGGAGUGUAUGCCCCCAGAAAAUGGAGUUGAGCCUUGCCCUCGCCUGUGGACAUUGAAUAGCAGAAGCUUCCAAAAGUGCUACCUUGCUAACCUUAUGGACUACUUGCAAUUCGAAAAGCCGUCAUACAUGGCAAUGAACAAAACAUGAACCUCUUUCGUAUUCCGCCACUUGCCUCGUUUCAUUGAUUACACUGCACAAAGGAAAUGGCUUAAUAAUAAGGGAUACUUAUAUGCACGGAGAGCGGAGUGGGAAGCGUUCGAUGCGGAAAAAUUGACAUGGUCGAUUCAAAUCUCCGUAAACUCGCUCGGCACCUACUAGAGAAACUAAUUUGACUGCCCUAAGUUUGCGUGGAUUUUCAAAAC